AUAUCCAUCCAGCACAAAGCCAAUCUCACAAGAAAUAAUACAACUGAACUGAAGGAAUGGAGAAAGCACCAGCUGGGAUUCGGAACAUGGAAGAGGUAGAAAAGGUAUUUAAUCGCUUCGACGCCGAUGGCGACGGGAAGAUAUCAGCCUCAGAGCUCGGAAAUGUUGUGCGCGCCCUCGGAUCCAAUGUCUCCGACGAAGAACUAAGGUCCAUGAUCGAGGAAAUGGACGCCAACCAGGACGGGUUCGUUGAUCUCGGUGAAUUUACCCGCUUCAACCGCGCCGGUGACGGGCCGGUGAGGGGGGAGGAGGAUAUCAAGGACGCAUUCGAUAUCUACGAUAUGGACGGGAACGGCCUGAUCUCGGUAAAGGAGUUGCAUCUGGUGCUCAAGAAACUGGGGGAGAGAUGCUCUUCUCAUGAUUGCUCACAGAUGAUCGAUUCCGUGGAUUCUGAUGGCGAUGGAUGUGUGAAUUAUGAUGAGUUUAAGAAGAUGAUGAGAAACGAUUCAGGCGGAGAAAGGGUAGCGGCCAAAGAGGUUAGUUCGGAAAAUUAGGGUUUCAUUUGGAGAUUUAGGGUCUGGGUUGUUUUUUUUUUUUUGUUUUUUUUUUUUUUGGCGUCGUGCGAGCUUGAUGUGUUGUUCUAUGCUGCUAUGCUGGUGUUCUCUAAUGUCUUAUAGUUGAUUGCUAAUUGUCUUGUGUGAUAUAGUUGUCAGAACUUGCUGAAUUUUCAAUUUAACAACAAUAGUAUUUAUGCCUUA